GUAUUUCGGAAGGACUACCCUUGCUAAUAUUUAACCUCUUCCACUGCAAAGGGACUGGAUUUCACAACGGUUAAGGCUGAACACUGUGGGCUUGGUGCUGGAAUAUUAUGCUCCAGCUUGAAGGCACUAAGUGCAGUUUCCUCUUCUGCCUGGGAAUCUGUGUUCUCAUCUGCUCUGCCAUUUACUUGAAGGCCAACAUCUUGAGCGCACCCGCCACUCAGCAAAGCUUUGUCAGCUGCAGACCUUUCCCCCAGUACUGCACCGCACUCUUGCACAGGGGAGAAGACACAGAAUGGCAGCGGAGGGACUGCCUGGCGGAGGGCUACUUUCUGUCCGGCCAGCUGAACUGCUCCCGCAUGGUGAAGGAGCUUCACUUCAUCACCAGCCCGCUGAGCAGGGAGGAAGAGGAGUACCCCCUGGCCUUCAUCAUCACCAUACACAAAGAGCUGGAGAUGUUCGCGAGGCUCUUCAGGGCCGUCUACGCCCCUCAGAAUGUGUACUGCAUCCACGUCGAUGAGAAGUGCCCGCUCCAGUACAAAACCGCCGUCCUGCGCAUCGCUGCUUGCUUCCCCAACGUGUUCCUGUCCUCGGUGAGUGAGAAGGUGACGUACGCCGGCUUCUCACGCCUAAAGGCCGACAUCAACUGCAUGAGGGACUUGGUGAAGUCCCCCGUCCGCUGGAAGAGAGUCAUUAACCUGUGCGGCCAGGACUUCCCGAUCAAGAGCAACCUGGAGCUGGUGCGGUACAUGCAGAGCAAUAAGUGGAGGGACAGGAACAUGACGCCGGGCGUAAAGCAGCCGUCCUCGAUGAGGUACCGCACACAGACACAGCACAGGGAGAUCAGGGGCUCCUACGUAGCUCCCAGAGGCAAAGGGCACAAGAAAGGCCCUCCGCCACACAAAGUGCAGAUCUACUUCGGAACGGCCUACUACUCCCUGACCAGGCCAUUUGUGGACUUUGUGCUGCAAAGUCAAGUGGCCAGAGACCUACUGGAGUGGUCCAAAGACACCUACAGUCCCGAUGAACACUACUGGGUAACGCUGAAUCACAUAAAAGAUGCACCAGGAAGUCACAUAAAUGGAGGCUGGGAAGGGGAUAUUCGGGCAAUAAAAUGGAAAGAUCAAGAAGGAACUUCACACAACGGGUGUAAAGGAUAUUACAUCAGGGAUAUCUGCAUCUAUGGACUUGAGGAUCUGCAGUGGAUCAUUGACAAGAACAGCAUGUUUGCCAACAAGUUUGAGGCAAAGACCUCCCCUGAGGCCUUAGACUGCUUGGAACAGUGGCACCGCCAGAAAGUUCUCCAGCAAGCAGAGGUUCCUAUUCAGCCAGACUGGCAACUUGCUAUUGAGACUAACAAGGUCCCAAAUGCCUCGACAGGGCCUUCUUAGCUCCAAUGAUUUCC